AUGGUCAAGGACUUGCCCAUUCGAGUAACGUUUGUCUACGACAGGAGCGUUCACAAAUCGCAGCGAGACUAUGAGGUUAACAAAACUACAGCUUUGUCACAUAGUGCAAGAGUCUCCCAUCAACGUCGCCGACUGCUCAAAAACUCUCCAUCAAAAGUCAGGAGAUCGAGUUCAAGCUCGGAUUCAGACUCUUCGAGCACGGACGAAUCCUCCUCAGAGUCCGUCAAAACCGUUACACUUCCCAAGGUCCGCUACUUGAACUCCCUGGUCAAUGUGCCUCAUCCUAGAGUGGCCUCUUUUUAUCAAGGAAUGGAUAUUUGGUUCCAAUGGGUCAUGCCAAACGCUGCACCAGCCUUCCGUAUAUUCAACGUUGAUACGAGCGUAUUCUCCACUUACUUUUCCAGCCCAGGCUGUCAAAGUGAGGCCGCACAGCACAGCCUCGCUGCCCUUGGAUAUUGCUGCCUUGAAUACCAUCGGCAGGAGAGCAAUAUCUGGGAGUGUGACUACAAGCAGGAGCAACUCAAGCACAACGGAACAGCGAUCGCUCUGCUCAAGAAAGAGGUCCAUGCCUCGGCGGAAUCUAAAAUCAACCGCGCUUCCCUGGUGAAUACCAUUUUUCUCUUGAGUUUCCUUGCACACUUUCGGGGUGAUAUGCAAGAAAGCAUCCUACACCGCAAAGCCUUGAGAACCCUCCUUAGAUCUUCUGUCAAACAGGACCGUGCUCAGUUUGACAAGAAUUUUGGACCGCUGCUACUACAGUUUUUCUGUUGGAUGAACGUCCUCGAAGGCCAGCCAAACGUACUGGGAAUCUUCCCAGAAGACGGCCAAGAUCACGCGGUAUUAUCAUCUGAUUUCGAUCGUUCCUACCUCAACCAAAAGAACUACGAUGUCGACAUUGACCUGCCCGAAGGGUUUCGAAAAUUGGUGACCAAGGGCUUAAUCUCAAAAGAUACGCAGCGGCUACUUGCUCGAUUCGCGUACGGCUGUGAGUAUGGGGUAGACGCUGUGCCCCAGCCCGAGAUGGCAUUCCCCGACUUCGCGGUAGCUACCCCUUACUUGACCGCGGCAGAACCGAGUUUUGAAAAGUGUCUCGUGCUGGCAAUAUUCUGCUAUGCCCACAUGAGAUGGGCGAGCGCCCCGAAUCUUUCGGCCGGCAUUCUGUGUCACAACAUAUCGAGGACUCAGCUCAGCCAGGCUUUGCACCGGGUCCCCAAAACUGACGAUACAGUCGAAUGUUUGGUGUGGAUCUGGAUAGUCUUGAUAGAUACACACCGUGUCGAGAGGUUGGGUUUCUCGUCGUCUGCGGGAGGAAUCUCAUGUCUCGGAGAAUUCAAAUUGAACUUCCCAGAGUGGGACGACUGGGACAGGAUCGAGAGGGAUAUUCUACCACAGUUCUUCUGGCGGGUGGGAGAUUCGGCUGCCCUCAAACACGCAUGGAAUCGAUAUCCGGUCGGGGUUCUUGGAUACGAGCUACAAUACGACACAGGAAAACAAAACGGCAAUAUGAAGCCCUUACGCCUCGGAGUCUCGAGUCUGAGGAGCACCACGAUCCCAGCACGAGGUGCCAGCAGCACUCCCCUGCCCCGCUUCGCAGGUAUACUGCCGAGUGCUAGUAGCCAGCAACAGCAGGCGAUUCGGCAUCAAUCCAGCACCUCAUCAACCUCGUCGUCGCAAUGCCAGCAGGACAUCCAAUCCAACCGGUCCGCACAGCAAGACCGCACACGCAUCGACCGCCAACCGACCGAGUACAGCAAAUCCGGGACGGACGACGCGGUGGCGGCCCAGGCGGUGUCCUUCUCCCCGGACAGCGGAUCGACCUCGGACCCGUCGGAAGCGAUCGCGCAGGCGGCGGAGCAGAUCCAGAACCUGUCGCGCGACAGGACGGGGACGUCGAACGCGGCGCCCACGCCGGCACAGAACGCGCCGUUCAACCCGCUCGAGGUCAGUCCCGCGAAUGUGAAGAUCAGCUCGACGACGUCGGAGCUCGAGGGCGCGUCGAUGGUGCGUGGUGCGGACGGCCGCGUGCCGUCUCAGAGCAAGACGUACGUGGGCACCACGACGCAGAAGAGCAAGUCGACGAGCACAACCACGACGACCGCCACGACUGAUGCAUCGCAGCAGCAGCCGCCGGGGCAGCAGCGUAAGAAGGUGUUCGCCGGUACGGAUACUAGGAAGGACGCCAUGCCUGGCGGAGGCAAGGGCCCGAUUUUGAGUCCUCGGUCGAGGUAG